AUGGCUGCCAUCAGCGCCCUCCUGUCCGCACAGGGCGGGCUGGGGUACUUGGCCAUCCAUGCCGGGCAGUUCGGAGCGCAACCGCUCCUGUCCAAGCGCUUUGUAGCACCGGGCACACCAGCCGCGUCCUUGGUUUUGGGUGCGGAGGUUGCCAAGGUGCUCGGCUGCAUGGGUAUGCUGAGGGCCGAGGGCCGCAUGGACGAAGCACUUCAGGACUGGUCCUUUCAGGGCUUCCUGCUCUCGGCGGGGAUCCCCUCGUUGACGUACUUGGUGCAGAACCUUUGUGUCCAGGUGGCCUAUCAGAAACUGGAUGGGAUCACCUUCAAUAUCCUGAAUCAGACGAAGAUGCUUUUCACCGCUCUCUUCGUGUACAUCAUAGUGGGCCGGCGUCAGUCAGCAGUGCAAUGUGUGGCAUUGGUUAUGCUGGCGGCCGCUGGCAUGUUGGUCAGCCUCUCUGAGGCCUCACAGGUCUCCAAGACUCCUAGUACGGCGGAGAGCCUCGCCAUAGGCACGUUUUGUAUUCUUCUCGGGUCUGCCCUCAGUGGACUCGGGGGUGCCAUUGUCGAGUGGACCUUGCAGCGAAAACGCCGAGACAGCUACCUCUUCAGCUCAGAGAUGGGGAUCCUGGGAUGUGUGAUCAUUGUCAUCACUCACCUGAUGAACGCCUCUCCGGGAGACGAAGGACUCUUCCAGAGGUGGACUCCGCGCACCUUCAUCCCUGUGAUUUCCCAAGGCUGGGGCGGCAUCGUGGUGGGCUUGAUCGCAAAAACAUCGGGCAGCGUGAAGAAGGGAUUCGCGGUAAUGGUCGGCCUUAUACUGUCUUGUGUGCUGAAGUGGAUGGUGGACGGCGAGUCUUUGCAUUGGUCCACGAUCGUUGCAGUUCCGCUGGUGGCCUCGAGUAUCUAUCUGCACGCGAAGUAUCCUCCUAAGAAGCCUGCAAAGCAGGCGUAG